GUGAUUUCAGUUUAAUAUCGAACCCAAAUAAAAAAUAAAACUCACUGUUGAUACUCUUUUAGUGUUUUCUGUCUCGCUAACGUUUUGGCGUCACCAUAUCUACAGUUUUUAGUGUGUUUUUAUGCGUUUGCGUUGGCAUUUGGAGCACUGAGAAGGCAUACUCUGAAGGAUUUUUACUCGCUCUAUUAACGACGAUGGAACAACUAUGCGGUGGUGAUUGUUUGAGGCUUUUUGAGAAUGAGGACAGAAUCAGUGAAUUGCAUGAAGCUUUGCUUGUUCAUAUAAUGUCUUCACUUCCGACAAAAACUGUCGUAGCCACGAGUGUUUUGUCUAAACGUUGGAGACAUGUUUGGAAAACGGUGCAAAAUCUCAAAUUUGUUUCUAAGUAUCACCAAACAUUUUCAGAGGAUGUUUACAGAUUUUUUAUGUUACAUAAAGCUCCGUUUCUAGAGAGUUUGGAUUUGGAAUUUAGUAAUCAACUUGAUGCUUCAGAUCUUGGAAUAUUGGUUGGAAUUGCGUUUGCACGCCAUGUGCGUAAUUUGGUAUUGGAUCUGGACUAUUACAGUAACUUUUCUCAGUUAUGUGCAGCCAGAUUUCCGAGUGGUUUGUGCAUCUAUGAUAAUAAUAAGACACUUGAGACCUUAACACUCAAGCAUUCCAUUCUUUUAUAUUUUCCUUAUCGGGUUUGUUUGAAGUCCCUUAGAAAGCUCCACCUUUACAAAGUACAUUUUUAUGGCAAAGACUCUGUUUACAACCUUUUAUGUGGUUGUCCUAGUCUUCGGGAUUUGAUAGUACAUAGAUACAGAGAAUGUAUGGAAACUUUCACUAUCGCCGUGCCAUCAUUAGAGAGAUUAACCAUAGAGGAUUCUGGAUUUGGGUAUGGAUGCUGCUAUGUGAUAAAUGCCCCUUCUUUGAAAUACUUGAACAUAAGAAGGUUCAAGUAUCUUAACUCUUGUCUGAUUGAGAAAGCGCCAGAACUGGCCGAGGCAAAAGUCAGUGACGUUUCUGAUAUAGAAAAUGAGAACAUUUUGGAAUCUCUAACUUCAGCCAAACGUCUUUCCAUACACUUAUCACCCUUAGAGAUCAAGUAUCCUAGUGGUAGCAUCUUCCAUCAGCUUUUAUCUUUGUAA